CGCGGCCCAGCCCACGCUGCAUGGCUGCCCCUCGAUUUCAGCUCGGCGGAGGUUGAAAGUGCGGGGCACCACAAAAGCAGCCCGCGUUUCCUUCAAAAGUUCGAGUCACUCGACUCUGCAAUUUUGACUCACUCCCCGGUUCUGACAGAGCAGUUGGGCACUCAGUGUCAAUUUUUAUAAUCCAGGUCGACUCGACCCCAUCCCUUCCUCCAACCUUUCUCCGGAUCGCCAGAACCAUGGAAGACGCAAAGGAGCAAUCGAAGAGCGCGCUCAAGAAGGCCGAAAAGCAGGCCAAGAUGGCGGCUGCAAAGGCCGAGAAGGCGGCAAAGCAGGCGUCGCUUCCCGUCGUUGGCGGCAAGAAGAGCGACGACAUCAUCGGCAUCACGGUUUCCAAGACAGAGAACUUCCCUCAGUGGUACCAGGAGGUGGUGCUGAAGGCCGAGAUGAUCGAGUACUACACCGAGAUCUCGGGUUUCUUCAUCAUGCGCCCCGCCACCAUGUACAUUUGGAACACCAUUCGAAAGUGGUUCCAGGAGCGGAUUGAGGCGAUGGGUGUCGAGGAGACCAGCUUCCCCAUGUUCCUGUCGCAAAAGUCGCUUGAGAAGGAGAAGGACCACGUCGAGGGCUUUGCCCCCGAGCUGGCCUGGGUAACAAAGGCUGGUGAUAAGGACCUCGAAGUCCCUGUCGCUGUCCGUCCAACCUCCGAAGCUGUCAUGUACCCUUACUACUCCAAGUGGAUCCGCAGCCAUCGCGACCUUCCCUUCAGGCUCAACCAGUGGAACUCGGUCGUCCGCUGGGAAGCCAAGCAGACCACCCCCUUCCUAAGAGCCAGGGAGUUCCUCUGGCAAGAAGGCCACACCGCUCACCUCACCGAACAGCUAGCCGGCGAGGAGGUGCUCCAGAUCCUCGAGCUUUACGCGGGCGUCUACGAACAACUGCUCGCUGUGCCGGUCGUGAGGGGGAGGAAAACCGAGGCCGAGAAGUUCGCCGGCGGCUACUACACAACAACGGUUGAGGGCUACAUCCCAUCCAACGGGCGGGGUAUCCAGGGCGCGACAUCCCACUGUCUGGGGCAGAACUUCUCCAGGAUGUUCGACAUCACCGUCGAGGAUCCCAACGAAAAGGGCAAGCACAUCCACGUUUGGCAGAACUCGUGGGGUCUCUCAACACGCGUCAUCGGCGUCAUGGUGAUGAUCCACGGUGACGACAAGGGUCUUGUCCUGCCUCCGCGCAUCGCAAAGAUCCAGUCCAUCCUCAUCCCCGUCGGCCUGACCGCCAAGAUGUCGGCCGAAGACAAGGAGAAGCACCUGAAGCACCUCGACGAGAUCUUCCACACGCUCAAGAAGGCCGGCGUGCGCACCGAGGUCGACCUUCGCGAGGGCUACACCCCGGCGUGGAAGUUCAACGACUGGGAGCUGAAGGGCAUCCCGCUCCGGCUGGAAUUCGGCCCCAAGGACGCGGCCAAGGACGUGGUCAGCUACGCCCGCCGCGACACAGGCGAGAAGGGCACCAUCGCCAUCGCCGAGCUGACGACCAAGGUGCCCGAGCUGCUCGAGACGAUCCAGCAGGACAUGUACAACAAGGCCGACACGGCCUACCGCGCGCACCGGCUCCAGAUUACAAAGUGGGACGAGGUCGUGCCGGCCCUCGACGCCAAGAAUGUCGUCAUCAUCCCGCACUGCCUGGUGCCCGCGUGCGAGGACAAGAUCAAGGAGCUGACGACGGGGCGGUCCGACGACGCGGCCGAGAACGCCCCCGAGGGCCAGAAAGCGCCCUCAAUGGGCAUGAAGUCGCUGUGUAUUCCGUUUGAGCAGCCAGGGGGUCUGGUCAAGGGCGAGACCAAGUGCCUGAACCCGGAGUGCACUCGAUUGGCGGAGCAGUGGUGCAUGUUUGGGCGGAGCUAUUGAGCCGAGCAAAUGUAGCGAAUCAAAAGAAAGCGAUCUUACUACCCUGUUGCUCUCCCACCGUUUUAUCGUCCAUCUGUCAGUGGAAAUUGGUAUUGGCGGGCUGAGAUGCUGUGAUUGCGACUGAUAUGCACUGUAUCCGGUGUCUGGGGAUGAGGGAUCGGAAAGCGCGGUUAAUGGUGGGUGACUUGCUCGACCAAUACCUUGGGCUGCUUUCUACAUCCGUACAAUUAGAAGUGUGAUGGAAGAAUUGGCGACGCUGGGAAUCAAUUUGCAUUUGUAUGGUCAUGACUCGUAAAACUAGGGCACUUCCAUGUCCCAUCCCACUUCCAGACGUAUCUUCAGGGUAUCCCGCUAUGGUCAACCG